AUGAAGUGGAUUCUCACGCUCGCAGCGGCCGCGUCGGCCCUGCAGACUCUGCCCCCAGUACAAUUCGAUCACACUGGCUCUCACAGCUUUUCCUUGGAGAAAGCCAACCGAACAAUCUUUUUGGAAGCCAGCUUCGCAUCUUGGAGGGACCAGAAUGGGAUAACCUUGAUUCCGCCCUCAGCACACGAAUUUGCAAACACCUUUCGUGACGAUUUGGAGGUGUUGACGAACAGCUCUUGGGAGCUCCGGACGGUAAAUCGAUUUCCCAAACGUGCGUCGGGAAUUUUUCUCGGUCGUGUGGAUAACGCAACGCGUUUCACCUACGAGAACGGCCGCGAAACCGAAGAGGGAUAUGAGUUGGAGGUAGAUAAUGAUAGUGUGUCUAUCAGGGGCUCCGGGGCACGAGGCAUGUGGUGGGGUACACGAAGUCUCCUGCAACAGCUCGCACUUACGCCGUCCUCCAUUCAACCGGGGAGAGUGGAGGAUGCACCCGCAUACGCCACUCGUGGGUUCUUGCUUGAUGCCGGCCGCAAGUGGUAUUCUCUGGACUUCUUGAAGGAUCUUUGUACCUAUGCUUCGUACUUCAAGAUGUCUGAGUUUCACUACCAUGCGGCCGACAACUACCCACUGAGCCGUGGUCCAAAUGUGACCUGGGACAAGGUUUACUCCCAGUUUGCUUUGCAUCCUGAGAACCCGGAUCUCCGACCUCUUGUUCAGCGUCCGAAUGAAACUCUUUCGCGAGCUGACUUCGAUGACUUUCAACACCACUGUGCUCAGCGGGGAGUUACGGUGAUGCCGGAAAUCGAAAGCCCUGGCCAUUGUCUCACAGUCACAAAGUGGAAACCUGAGCUAGCUUUGGACUCGAAGGACCUGCUCAAUAUCUCUCACCCCGAGACGAUCCCACUAGUCAAGUCUAUCUGGGCUGAAUUCCUCCCCUGGUUCCACACAAAGGAGGUCCAUAUUGGUGCCGAUGAGUAUGAUGCCGAUUUUGCGGACGACUACGUCAGAUUCGUGAAUGAAAUUUCCCGAUUCGUUUAUCAGACCUCGGGCAAGACCGUCCGCAUCUGGGGAACAUAUGAACCGUCAGAUAUUGUCAUUGAUAAAAAUGUGACCAUUCAGCACUGGCAGUAUGGGCAAUCAGACCCAGUGGACCUAGCUCGGACCGGCUACAAAGUCAUCAAUUCUGAUGAUGAGUGGGCAUACAUGUCGCUGAAGAGCGAUCAUGUGCCUAUUACCCCAGCGCCGUAUCCGCAGUUCUUCAACAAUACCCGGGUGCUCAACUUCGCCGGCCGUGCCGGAUGGCAAUGGACACCGCAGCUUUUCAACCCCGUGAAUAUAACUGAACAACCAGAGGCGGAUACAGUGCCAGGUGCUCUAUUGGCUGCCUGGAAUGACAGUGGACCUGAUGCCACCACGCAGCUCGAAGCGUUCUAUGCCAUCCGUGAGGGAAUACCGGUUGUCGCGUCACGCGCGUGGUCUGGUUCUCGAGGGCCCGGUCUAAAUGUGCAGACCUUGGACAAAUCGAUUUCCCAGUUGGCUGCCCUUGCAGUGGGCCAAAAUCUCGACCGGACGCUCCCGGGGGAAACUGACCGAGUUACCUCUCUGGUAUGGAACAAGCCAGAGCAGGCACAAGAAAUCUAUGAUAUUGGCCACGGUAGUAAGGGCAUGGAUCACACCCUCCGCCUGGACGCUUCGGGUCCCUUCUCCUUGAAGUCUUCCGAUGCAACUCUCACGCUCUCAUCGAAUGGUGAACUGACAUUUGUAUCUGACGGAUGGCCUUAUCCACUUCGAUCCGUUGGUGAGGCCGACGGCUUCGACUCAAACCAGUUCGGGCGCAUAUGGGCCAACCAGACCACUUCCACUCACGAAGUUGUGAACGUCCCCCGCAAAUCAAAUAUCACUAUAUCCACAACCGCGAAGUUCGGCAGUCGUGUGUGGAUUGAUGGUACGUUUGCCGGAAGAUUCGAGGUUUUUAUUUACGGUGGAAAGAACAAGGUCUUCUCUUGGGCUCCAAUGGCUUUUGUUGCACCCUUGGAUGCACUGGAAGGCUCUGGCUUACAACGAGUAGAAGUCAUCGCAGGUGACAUCCACACUCGAUCUUGA